UUGUCCUCGGGGCAAAACCCAAUGCCAAACACAGGAGAGGCUGCGACUCACAUGACUGUGCUGUGACUGUCUUCUGAGGCUCUGCGUGUGUGAAAAGUUUUCCUUUUUUAAUCAGAGUGGUAGCGCUUCUGUGCUCUCAUUGUCCUCCACACAGAGCUCAGAAGCUGCCAUCAGCCUGUGCAGAGUCUCCGUCUGGCCCGGGUCUGUCUCAUCAUUGAUCAGGAUGUGGAGCCGUGGGAGAACGAUGGAAAAUGAGAAGUUGAAGAUUAGGCUUUGAAGUAGAUCUUUGCAGAGGAUCCCAUCAAAGUUUGAAAAAGCAAGGAAGGUGCUCCGCUCUUCAAAGACUCUGGAUUAUCCAGCGCUGUGAGAAGCUGCUGACUGUAACAGAUGGGUUCUGCCGUCAAGAGGUUCUGUAUGCAGUUCUGCUGCUGCUGCUGCGCUGGCGAUGAGGAUGAUGACGAUGAGAAGCAGCCACUAGUAACUCCAGAUCCGUUGGAUUAUUUCACGCGUGAAGUCCAAAAGCGGCGAGAUGAAGAGACCAAUCUGUGGAGUGAACCCGGAGAUCCCAGCCACUCUGAGAGAGCCGACGACCGGACCCUGUACACCCUGCUGCAGGCCAGGAACAAGACCCGCAUGGGAUCCACGGGGUACCGUCGUCUGAGUGUUGACAUAGAGGCCAUGAGAGAUGUACGCAGAGAAGUCCGAGACAAAUGGAAAACCAUUCUGGAGAAUCUAGGUUUCAUGGCUGAGGCAGACUCUCUGCUGACGGUGUCUGCCGGGGCCUCACUUGACCGCAUGCGGAACGCCCCGGCAGCACGAGCCAUGCUUCAAUCUCUGCACUCGGAGACCUCCAUCUUCUGCACCAGGGAGCCUCCUCCAGAGAGAUAUCUUUUCAUCCUGGAUCGUCUCGUCUACCUCGAUAUUGCGGAUGACUUUUUAGCAAAGGCAAAGCGCUUCUAUCCUCCAAAGGAGGACUCCGACGAGGAGACACCCGGCCUCUCCAUAAACCUGCCGCUACUGCUGGCCAGGGUGGAAGCCUUGAAUGGAGGCGGCGAUGAAGACGAGAGCGAGAAGGAUGACGAGAACUUGAGUGACUGAUCCUGAAAUCUGCAGUGAUAACAGACAGGAGGCAGGGGGCAGUAUAAGUCAACCCAGAAUGCUGCCUUUUAUAUGCCGUGCUGCAAUUUCAGCUGAAUGUUUUGCUCCUUUUUUUCCCCCACGCACAGCUUGAAUCUUCACUGUUUUGUCCGGCUCCGAUCUAAAAGGUCGCUUUGGUUCCAUAAAGUCAAAGAUUUUCUUUUUCUUCACAAAGGAAUUUCCAGCCUGUUCUUUGUUCUGCGAACCUUCAGGGUAAAAAUGUUCUUUUCGGGACAGCCCUGAUAUCAUGUCCUGUGAUUAUCAGCACUUUUUCACUUAAGCACAUGAUCAGACCCAGCGGUGCAGAAACAGCCCUCUAAUCUGAUGUCAUCACUUGUUGUUUUUUUUUUUUUUAUUUACAAGUAAGAGUGUCUAAUUAAGAAUAGUCUUGCCAACUUGGAGAAUGGAUCAUGAAAAUGUGUGCACUUUGGAAUGGUUUGUUAAGAGACUGAAAUGACCCUCAAGUGAUACAGAUUAAGUGUUUUUUUUUUUUUUUUUUUUUUGUCUUCUAGCAGGGCAAACACUGAAAUGAGUGUGGAGGUUUGUGUUCUGACUGAAAUAAAGUUUCUGCCUUAAAGCAUGUCACAUGCUGUGGAAAAGUUUGCAGUCACUCAAAGUUGACAUGCCUGACAGGGAGGUUUCCCUCAAAAUUAUAUGAAAUGCUGAGCAGAAUGGAACCUACUGUGGCAGGUUUAGCAUCUUCCUAUCCACAACAAAGAGCCUGUUGUCAGAGAAAAUGAGUUCAAAUCAGAUUGCACGCUUAUGAUCGCUCUGAUUUGAUCUUGCCACUUCUGAGGUCAGACUGAGCUGCAGGAUGCAUGCCGGGCGGAGUGCGAUCAGCUGCUUGCUGUUAUGCAAGAGAGACCCAGCAGUGGGGACACAUGCAGGCUCUUGACAGACACCGAUAUGAAGUUAGAGAUUGUGUUUGGGAGUAAGUAAGAAGUUUACUUUCCCCAGAGUUUUCUUUCUGUUAAGCCAGCACUUUGUGUCAGGCUAACCUGUGUAUGAGGUUAGGCUCUGUGUGCCCAAACUCUCCCCUCUGUCACAAUAAAAAAUAAAUAUUCUCUCCGUGUUUCACCUGG